CGAUUCUAAGGAGUUCGCACAUGAUUUCCAAGUAUGAAGACCAUUGUAUUAAUCUCAUUAAUUUUGCAAUUCCUUUUGACUUAUUCAAUUCCAAUUGAUAAUAAUACUCAAAAACAUUCUUCAUUCACAUUAAAAAAUCAACAUGACUCUCCUCAAAUUUAUAAAAAUAUUCCAAGAAAAAAAAUUAAUGAAACUAAAUUUAACGAGAAAAAAACUAUUUUAAAAAAUAAAUUAAAUCAAAAAAAUCAAGUGAAAGAGGAAUUAUUCGAUAAUAAUUCAAAAUUACAAUUACUUAAUCGUAUUAAAAAAAAUGUUAUUCCAUCGGCAACGGUAAUUUGUUGCGAUACAAAUUCUAAUAAUGGGUACAAUAUAAUAGAAAAUUGUAAUAACAAUCAAGAAGGACAACAAAUUUUAACAAUACAACAACAACAACAACAACAACAACAAAUACCAAUACAAAUAGGACAAAAUUCUCAACAAAAUUUACGUGGUUUAUUAAUAAACUGUUUACUUCCUCAGACACUUUUGGAUAAUUUACAAAAUUCAAAAAUUACCCAAGUUCCUGCACCUCAACAACAGCAAAACAACAUUAAAGUUUGGACCAUUCCAAAUGAUAUCGGCAAUCAACAACAAUUUACCCAAGAAUUCGUUUACCAACAACAACCACAACAACUACAAUCUACCUUUUUAGUAAAUCCUCAAACUAAUAACAAUAAUUAUCCAAUAAAUUUUGAUUUAAAUUGUCAACCUGAAGCACAACCCAUUCAAAAUAAUUUGCGAAAUGAAGGACUUCAAUUAAAUAAUCAGGCAAAUUUAUUGUCCAACACCAUUGAUAAUAAAAUUUUUCUAAACUGUUUACUUCAAGCUAUGCAAAAUAAUGUAAAUCAAAAUAAUCAACAAAUUCCACAAGGCGGUGGAUUGCAGAAUUUUAACAAAAAUGGAAUUUCAAAUAAUCAACAAUUUCCUCAACAAUCUCAACAACAACAACUUCAACCUCCGCAAUAUCAACAACAGUUUCCACAACAACCUCAAAUACCGCAAUAUCAACAACAAUUUCCUCAACUUCUACAACAACCACAAACACCGCAAUAUCAACAACAAUUUCCUGAACAACCUCAAAAUCAACAAUUUCAACAAAAUUUCCCGUCACAAGGUGUAAUUAAACAACCCAAUAAUCAAGAAAACAGAGGUUUUCCAUUAAAUUUAAAUCAAUUUGGAAAUCAAAGUAUUUUGAAUAAUGGAUCACCAUUUAACACAAAUCAAUUAAAUAACACUCAAAAUCAACAAUUAUUGGAAAAUAUUAAGCAGAGAAAUUUCGGAAAUAAUCAAUUUACAAAUUUUGGAAGAAAUUUUAAUUCACGUUUUUAGUUGCACUUUAAAUGUAAGAUGAAUCUAGGAUCCCUAAAAUGCAGAAUAAUCAUUUUCCAUACGCAUUACGAUGUCUAAGUAUAUAAUAAACACAUUAAAGAGAAUUUGAAACUGAUCAACCUCAAGAUGGCCAUAUAUUGUUAAAUCCAAAGAAACUUCUUAAGAUUAUGUAAUUAUAAAACUUCUUUAAAGGUAUGCUUGUCAAUUCAUAAAUAUGAAUGUCUUAUAUUAAUUGAAAUUUUUAAAAAUAAUAUUACAAAAGAAAACCAAGUUAUGUAAUAUUUAUAAAAAUAUUUGUAACACUCAAAAAAAUAUUGUUAAAUCAAAUAUUUUAAAAAAAUUGUAUUACUUGAAAAAGUCAAUUAAAGACAAAUUAAUUACGUAACAAAGUAUUAUUAUUUACUAUACUUUGAAAUAAAAAUCUUUUAAUUCGACAAAAUAUUCUUUCUAUUACAAAACAAAGACAAAAAAAGGUUCUUCUUUUCAUACAAAUAGUUAAUAUAUAUAAUUUUUUAACCCAAAAGUAUUAUUUAUAUUAUUAAUUUAAUGAAAUCGUUUCUUUAUUAUUUUUUAUUAUUAAAAAUAACUUUAAACUUAAUAAGCAAAUAAUUUUAAACAAAUGAAAAGAGAAAGAAAUAAUUUGUUUCAUUGAAGACAAUAUUUUUUCGAGUGUACAAUAUAGACAAAGAAAUUAAUUAAUAAUAAAUUAAUUUUUUUUAUUUGUAUGUGUGAAUAAACAUAAUAUAUAUUAAAGAAUGAAAACAAUAGUUUCGUAAAUUAGAUUCGUAGUAAUAUUUAGAUAAUAAAAAUAGUUUAAAAAUUAAUUAUUAUUAGUUGAAAAUUAAGGUAAUUCCUGUGAAAUUAUAAUAAUAUUGUUCUGUGUAUUUAUUUUUAAUCAGCGCGCUGAUUAUAAUAAUUGUUACUUUAAAUUUUCUUUUAUAAAAAUGAUCUUCUGUAAGUCUUUUUCUUAAUGUAUUUAAUACAAUUAAUGUAUUUUUAUUUUUGUGUUUAAUAAAUAGUUUUGUAAAAUAUUGAGGUAAUUUAAUAAAUUACUGAUGUAAAUAAGUUAUACUGAGAACUAGAAAUAAAUUUAUAGUUUAGAGCUUAUAUAAAUAAAACAAACUUUAUAAAAAUAUAGUAUAAAACACGAAAAGAUUAUUAAAAUUGUACCAUAAUAAUUAAUAUUGUUCAUUGAGAAUUGAAUUCACAUUAAAUAAAGCAAAUUUAUAUGAUUAUUCAUAUAUUAACAUGAACAACAAAAUUUAAGUAAGUUAAUUGUACAUACACAUAAGAUUUCU